ACAGUGCCGGUGAAGUCUGAGCGACCCCAAGGGUGGAGCAGGGGAGCCCUGCCCUGUGGAAAAGGAGAAGCCAAUUGAAAGAAGGGGUUUUCAAUCCCCUCAUUCACAUGGAAGGGGGAUGGCCAGGGUUGUGGGCCAGCCACCCUGAGCCCUGGUUGGCCAGUUUGCAAGCCAGGGAGGGGCUGCUGGAAGGGAUAAAAGCAGCAGUCGAACUGGCAUGUGGGGGCUGCUGACAGUGACUCCGGGGAACGACGCAGGAGGCCUAAGAAGAGCUGAGUGAGCUGACCCAGCAGAGGGAGCAGAGAGAUCCCUCUGAAGAGCCUCAAAGGCCCUGGGAGAAGAAGGCAGCAGCAGUCGGCCAUGCCUCAAGCCCUGCAGCAGAAAGGGAGCCGUGGCCAGGGCUUGGGGCAGAGAGCUGGUGACCCAAGGCCCCAUCGCAGUGUGCUGGAUGUGUCGGGCGUCCCGGAGGCUAGGGGUGGCAGUCAGCCCCGUACUCCACUGCCGAGAAGAAGCAGCGGCCAGAAGCAUAGGUGGCAUCCUUAUCUGGAGCAGGGAGCUGGGCCGAGGACCGAAUGGGAGGCAGCAGCUCAGUCGAGCUGUCCCCGGGAUCCCCCUUGGGCUCAAAGGAGGCUCUCUGGUGGUGAAAUCCCCAAGAGCUACCCAGCCCCAUCCUAGCAUGGAACUGCGGCUCAUCCCAGCACAGAGGCUUGUCUUUUCCCAGACCCACCGCAACUUCUGUAGGCUCGUGACCAAUGCCUCAGAGACAGCAGUUAGAGCCGUUCUCACCCAGGAGGAAGAGGGGGCAGAGAGGCCAGUUGCCUACACCAGCCGCAAACUACUACCGGCAGAAACGAGGUGUACAGACGAAGCCCGGACUGAUGACCCAAAAAGCCAAGCCGAGGAGAUCACCAACCUACCAGGUAUGGCCCAUAGGCUGGACAACGAAGCGCCCCAAGCAAACAUGCAGCUGCUGUUUGAGCUCAUUCCCAUCCUGUAA